UCAGGUAGCUCGAAUGUUCCUAUACAUGUAUAUGUCAAAUGUUUCAUUAUGGCUGUGUCGGAAUGCAAUCUAUGUUUUUGUGAAGAUAACUGGUACGUGUGCUCCAUGAGCAAAUCUCUUGGACUCAUGGAGUUACUUUACAUUUCAACACCUGAGACAUUUGAUGAGGCAACCACCGAGUGUGCAGGGAGAGGCAGCAUUCUGGCCAAUCUCCAGAGCAUAAACCAUACAGAGUGCGCAAGGUCAGUGCUUGGACCACGAAAUGUUCAAUGCAACAGUUCCUCAAGCGAUAACUGCAGAAAUGCCUCUUAUGGCUGCGAAACCAAUACUUGCAAUGUGUGGGUUGCUCUACAACGACCAUCUAAAAAUUGGACAUGGGUGUUGCCUGUUCCAUCCACACCGAGUACAAUUCCCUGGAAAAAUUCAAUAACAGGAGUUAGUGGACAGCAAAAAUGUGGUUACUUUUCACCUGAAGAAGAUGGUUUCGGAAUCGAAUCUUGCACAAUGAAGCUAAGUUUCUACUGUCAGAGAUAUACACCAAAUGCGCCUUCCAAUAUAACUCUCAACUCUACGGCAACUGAGAUCUCGGCAAGGAUAUUGCAGCCACACAUACUUCGGGAGUGGAUAACUGGAUUCUGCUUUGCGUACGGGAAAAACAGCACAAAUUUCACGACUCCAGUCUGUGACACAAAUGUAUCCAGAGUUUUCGGAAACCUAAGUUCCAACACGUUGUACCGAGUCCAAGCAUUUUACAACACUACGAUCGGAAUACACAGCAGCGUCUCUCCAGAAGACUACAUUGGAACAUUGCCAAAAGCACCAAAACCGCCUCUCGAAACGAGCAUCUUCAGUUCUGCCAUCACCGUGCUGCUAAGUCCGAUAGAAGUAGGCAACCUUCCCAUACUUCAUUACUGUGCGGCCGGAAGACCAGCCAUUGAUCAGAAUAGGAAACUGCCGUCGGUCUCAGCAUGCAGCGUUUCUAAUAGAGUCACCUUAACAGGUUUGACUAUAAACACCACCUACAUCAUCAGUACGUAUAUUAGCAAUGAAUACGGAGACAGUGAACAGUCCAAAUCCACUCGCAUCACCACUCCGCCAGUGAAAUGGGAUGCCUGUCCUCUAACCAGUGCUCGCACGUGGCAAGUCGAUUGGACCUUUCAAUGUGAACGGAAAACUUGGACAGAAGCAAAAGCAGAAUGUCAAUCAUAUGGCGGAUCUCUAGCGACUGUGCACACAAUGGCUCAGGUGACGUGUGCAAACCUGACAGUGAAGGGAAUUUCCGCUGUGUGGGUAGGCUUGACUGGUACAUGGAAAGCUGGAGAUUGGAGUGCUUGGAAAUGGGAAGUGGCAUCGUCCACCCGUACGACGAGACUUCCCUGGUCAUCCCAGUAUACACUUCCGUUUCAAAACUCUAGUUAUACUUACGGGUUUUUUGAUCCAAACAAGGGGUUAGUGAACUGGAUAAACAACUUUCCAGCUAAGUGGCUCUGUCAACGAUAUGUGCCUAAAGAUAACUGGUACGUGUGCUCCAUGAGCAAAUCUCUUGGACUCAUGGAGUUACUUUACAUUUCAACACCUAAGACAUUUGAUGAGGCCACCACCGAGUGCGCAGGGAGAGGCAGCAUUCUGGCCAAUCUCCAGAGCAUAAACCAUACAGAGUGCGCAAGGUCAGUGCUUGGACCACGAAAUGGUCAAUGCAACAGUUCCUCAAGCGAUAACUGCAGAAAUGCCUCUUAUGGCUGCGAAACCAAUACUUGCAAUGUGUGGGUUGCUCUACAACGACCAUCUAAAAAUUGGACAUGGGUGUUGCCUGUUCCAUCCACACCGAGUACAAUUCCCUGGAAAAAUUCAAUAACAGGAGUUAGUGGACAGCGAAAAUGUGGUUACUUUUCACCUGAAGAAGAGGGUUUCGGAAUCGAAUCUUGCACAAUGAAGCUAAGUUUCUACUGUCAGAGAUAUACACCAAAUGCGCCCUCAGGCAUAGCUGUCAACUCAACGGACACUGGAAUAUAUGCACGCAUAUUGCAGCCACAGAUACUACGAGAUUGGGUACCAGAAUUCUGCUUUGUGUACGACAAAAAUGACACUGUGGCUAAACCAACUGUAGUUUGUAACAAUAACGAGUCAAUCGUGUUGUCGGGCCUGGAAACCAAUACUUUGUACAGGGUCAGAGCAUUCUUCAAAACUACGAUCGGACACAAUAGUAGCAUGUCCCCUGUAGUCAGCAUUGGAACAGUGCCUAAAGCGCCAACAUCGCCUGACAAUUACGUCCUCUCAAGUACUACCAUCACUGUCUUUAUAGGCCGGACAGAAGGCAAAAACCUUCCCAUACUCCAGUAUUGUGUGUACGGAAGGCCUGCAAAUGAUAUGUCUGGGAAUAUGACAUCGAUACCAGUGUGCAACGCGUCUGAAAAUGUUACCUUGAUUGGCCUGGCUCCAGGCAUGACCUAUAAUGUCACCACCUAUGUAAGCAAUGCCUAUGGAGACAGUGCUCAAUCGACCUCCACUCGCAUCACCACGUUGCAUCAAGCACCAACAACUGAUCAAGUCGACGCAACCAGUGGCUACCAAGCUAGCGCAAGCGGCUCCAAAUCUGCAGCGAUAAUUGCGGGAGGGUCUGGCGCAGGACUGCUGGUGCUGGCUGCGACGGUUUUCCUGCUAUGGAAAUUAAAGUUGACACCCGCGAAACCUGAUCCUGUGCUGACUACCUGCCAACUGGACGUAAGAACUCAAUCUGUUUCCCAUGAUGAUGAACUUGAUUUGGUUCAGAACACGCGCACUAGUAUGGAAACCAAUGAGGCGUACGAGAGCUGGAUCCUGGCUAGGAAUGAUGCAUAUGGCUGUGUGGAUUUGCGCGAGAAUGAUGUUCUUCGUGCCGGAUGCGGAGCUGGGCGUGCAGAGGAAGGGGGGCCGGCCACAGAAGAACAGCAUACUUAUGUCAGCAUCCAAUAACGCCAAAUGUUUUUCACAAUUUUGACCGACUGAUACAUAUCCUCAACGAAAUGCAAAUGAUACAGUAGCAUUUAACUCUGUUGUUGAGCCAAUAGUAAUAUGUAAAGCGAAAAAGGACCUUUAAGUUACUAGCUAUGACUAACAGUCCACAAAGGUACAGAGAUAAUAUAAAGCCAGGUAAAGUGUCAGAUCAGUGUCAUGUCGUUAAAUGUCUCAAUAUACUUGUCAGUCUUGUGCCGUGCUGUCUCACUAUCUGAUGUUAUAAUUAUUAACUCGUUACCUUGGCGGACAGUUAAUUAUAACUAGUAACUUAUAGGGCCUUUUUUCUCUUUGCACAAAACUGUAUCAUGGUAUACUUUUUCAUGGCAAGCACGCGAUAUGUUGCAGUCUUUCUGAGUUUUUUCUUCAUAUCUCUCUGCCUCUAACUCCAGUAGCGCAUGCAUUUAUCACUGAUAUACUCUCAAAUAGUUCAUUGCAGCUCUUGUGUCCUGAUGUCACGCAUCAGUAUGGAUAUCAUUUGUAACUUUCACAAGUAAGUUCAGUGCUAAACCGUUCGGAGCGAGGUUUUUGAAGUAAUUUGCUAUACAUGUAUGUUGACGGUGAUUCGUAACCGAAUCUCAAUAUCUUUAUCACCGGAAGAAUUACCAUUGACAUUAUAUAUCCCACCUGUGCAUUUAAUCCCUGUCAGUAAAUCCAUUGCAUAGCAGAAAAUUGCAGCUCGUUCGUUAUAAACUUGCAGCAGGUGUAUUUUUUUUGCUUAUUUUUAUGAUUCAAAAGUCGCUAGAAUUUUAUUCACACUAUGUUUCUUUUUGGUAGCACUUCUCUCUAAAUUUCGUAUGCAUAAUCAGUAUAUCCGUUCACUGUGGUUAUGGAUUGUUUUAUAAACAUGUGCAUAACAGUAGUGGUACUAGUGA